UAUGGAAGGGUAUGUAUAGAAUAUACUUUUUAAAGUUUUAUAAUUGUGAUUGUUUCUUUUUGUUUGUUUUUGGAUAGUGGUCAAGCACUUGUUGAUGUUCUAUUUGGUGAUUACAAUCCAAGUGGACGAUUACCAAUAACUUAUCCAAAAUAUAAUCAUCAUUUAUCAACAUAUGAUUAUAAAUGGUCUGAAGCAGAUUUUGGUAAUUAUAUUGAUGUAGAAUUUGAAUUUGGACAUGGUUUAAGUUAUACAACAUUUGAUUAUUCAAAUCUUAAUGUUCCACCAACAUUGAAUUGGAAUGAUCAAUUAAUUAUUACAUUAAGUGUACGUAAUAGUGGUUCAAGACAAAGUGAUCAUACCGUACUUUUAUAUAUUUCUGAUCUUUAUCGAUCCAUUACACCACCAAAUAAAGAAUUAAAAGGUUAUACUAAAUUAUCAUUACAAGCUGGUGAACAAAAAGCAGUUCAGUUUACUCUUAAUCGUCAUGAUUUAUCAUUCAUUGGUAUUGAUUUAACUCGUCAGACUGAACCCGGUCUUUUUAUUGUAACUGUUGGUAAUUUACGAGCUAAUUUUACAUUAAUCGGCGGAGACGGACCUGUUAACUCAACACCAAGAUCUAAAUCAAUCAAUCAAUAUUCAAUUUUCUUGAUUAACAUUCUUCUUUUUUUAUUUGCCAAACUAAUAUAA